AUGGCAGAGAGCAGUUCAGCGAGAAAAAAGAAUGUUGAACUAUCAAGGAAUAAAACUGAUGGAAAGGAAAAAUCUAGAAGUAGUGCUGCACCAUCAGGGUCGUUAAAGACAGUCUUGAAUCAGUCAGAUUGGAAAGAUAUGUUAUUGAUGAUACUUGGAUCAAUAGGGAGUCUCGCAGAUGGAUCUGCCAUGGCUUUAAUGAUGCUGAUUGUCAGCAGUCUCAUGAACAGUUAUGGUGACGCUUCUUUCACUCUUAAAGAUGUAAACAAGUUUUCGUUGGCAUUUAUUUAUGUUGCUGUUGGUGUCGGCGCAGGCGCCUUUCUCGAAGGAUUCUGUUGGGCACGUACAGCAGAAAGGCAAACUUUUCGAAUACGGAGGCAAUAUUUACAAGCUGUGUUAUGGCAGGAUGUUGGCUUCUUUGAUACAAAUCAUGGUGCAUCCAUUGCAUCUCAAGUGGUGUCCAGUAUUUCAACUGACACACUCACCAUACAAGGAGUUCUUACUGAAAAGAUUGCAAAUUUCAUUACGAACACAACAUUGUUCGUUACGGCCCAACUUGCUGCUUUAUACCUCAGCUGGAGGCUGGCUAUAGUGGCUAUCCCCGCAUUGUCGAUGUUAGUAGUUGCAGGAUUCGUAUACGCAAAGCUUCUAGGUGAUGUUGGAAACAAGAUUCAAGCAGCCUAUGAAGUUGCAGGAGGAAUAGUGGAGCAAGCAGUGUCAUCAAUCAGGACUGUUUAUUCCUAUGUUGGAGAGGAAAGGACUGUCAAGGCCUACAAGAUUUCUUUAGAACCAACUUUAAAGCAUGGGAUAAAACAAGGAUUGAUGAAAGGAAUGGCCAUCGGUACCAUUGGUGUUACAUUUGCAGUGUGGGCACUUCAGGGCUGGUAUGGAAGUACUCUGGUCAUGCAUAGGAAAGCAAAAGGGGGAGACGUUUUUACCGCUGGAGUUUGCAUUGUAUAUGGAGGACUGUAA